CCCCACUCUUUUCCAUUUCUUCUCCUAGUAGAUAAGAGAAGUAACUUAAGUUAGUUAGAGCACUUUCUUAAGACAAGACUUAACACCCACCUCCUAGCUCCCCCCAAACUCUUCUUAUUAUUAAUCCCUCUCUUCCCCCCAACUCAUAAUCCCACACUCACUCACACCACACCUACAAUAUGAGUCAAAACUACGGCCGCCUAACCCCCACCCUAUCCACCCGAACCACCACCCUCGACGACCCGCCUGGCCCGAAAUCCAAAGCCCGAACCCGACGCAUCCUACUCCUCCUCCUAGUCGGGGCCCUCUUGAUCGCCGCGGCCGCCUUCGGAAUCCCAGCUGCCGCCCGGUCACUAGCACGCGAGCCCGAACACAAGCCCGGCCCGACAAGGGUGAUUCGGGAAGCGUGCGGGCUGACCCGGUACCCGGAACUUUGCCUGUCCACGCUGGCGGAGUUUCCGGGAUCGGUGGCGGCGUUGCAGCCACGUGAGGUGGCCCACAUUACGGUGAACAUGACGUUGCGCAAGUUUGGUACGGCGUUUUCGGCUUCGACGGAAAUAAGGAACUGGGAGAUGGACACGUGGUCGAGGUCGGCGUACGAGGAUUGUUUGGAGCUGUUGGAGGAUUCUGUUGACCUUCUUGCACGCUCGCUGCUAUCUGUCUCUCAAACGACGACGUCGUCAUCGUCGGUGGAGGAGGAGAGUGUUAGUGAUGAUGGUAGUAAUAACCAGGGAGGGUCCCACCAAGAUGUGGUGACAUGGCUAAGUGGGGCAAUGACAAACCAAGACACGUGUACGGAUGGAUUUAAUCACUUAAGUGGGACCGUCAAGAAUCAAAUGGUCCAAAGCCUUCAAGAUUUAUCUGAGUUGGUUAGCAACUGUUUAGCUAUAUAUGCAGCUUGUCAUAAACUUGAUGACUUUUCAAGGACUCCAAUUCAAAAUCGAAAGUUACUAGGAUUCGAACACAAGUUUAACUCGACAAAUCAUGAGUUUCCUAAGUGGAUGACCAGAUCCGAAAGAGUUCUUUUGGGUACUCCAACCCAAGUUAUACAAGCGGAUAUUAUUGUAGCACAAGAUGGGUCGGGUACUGUUAAGACUAUUACCGAGGCUAUCAAAAAAGCUCCCCAAAAUAGUGCACGUCGUACUAUCAUCGUUGUCAAGGCUGGGACAUAUGAAGAAGAUAACUUGAAAGUUGGACGAAAGAAAACCAACUUGUGGUUUUUAGGUGAAGGCAAGGGUCGAACUGUAAUAACUGGGAAAAAAAGUGUGGGUCAGGAUCAAAUUUCCACGUUUCACACCGCUGCAUUUGCUGCUACUGGCACUGGGUUUGUAGUUCGAGACAUUACAUUCGUAAACGAGGCUGGGCCACAAAACAACCAAGCUGUAGCCCUUCGUGUAGGCGCAGACCAUGCUGUUGUCUAUCGUUGUGAGAUAAAAGGAUACCAAGACACUCUCUAUGUACACUCGCAACGUCAAUUUUAUAGGGAGUGUGAUAUAUAUGGAACAGUAGAUUUCAUAUUCGGCAAUGCAGCUGUUGUGUUCCAAAAUUGUACUAUGUGGGCUCGUAAACCUAUGGCCCAACAAAAGAUCACUAUUACGGCCCAAAAUCGCAAGGAUCCGAAUCAAAACACGGGCAUGUCGAUCCAUGCUUGCCAAGCCCGACCCACCCUGGACCUUGAGGCCAACAAAUCCAGCUUUCCAACAUUUUUGGGCCGACCAUGGAAAAUGUUUUCUAGAGUUGUGUACAUGGAGUCUUACUUGGGUGAUCACAUUGAUCCAACAGGAUGGAUAGAGUGGAAUGCAACAUCUCCCUUAGAUAAGUUGUACUAUGGUGAGUAUAGCAAUGUUGGGCCACGGGCCGACACAUCGCAACGGGUCAAGUGGUCCAAUUUACAUGUGAACAUGUCUAGGGAAGAUGCAGAAAAAUUUACUGUGGCCCAAUUUAUAUUUGGCCAAGAGUGGAUAACUACAACUGGAGUUUCAUAUCAAUCAGGAUUAUCAGCUUAAUGAUAUAGUUUACCCAUGUGUAAUUGUGAAUUGUAAACAGUAACGGAUCCCCAAAAAAAAUUAGUGGGGUCAAAGCAUAAUUAUUAAAUUUUAUUGGGGUUAAAUGAUCAAA